AAAAUGAAUAAACUUGGUACAACAACGGCGAGAAAGGACAAACACCAACAAACAACCGAGAACAGCGUCUAGCACCAACUUCCAAUGCCACGGCCCCGCCGCUUCCAAUGCCUUCGGAUGCGCCAUCGAACGUGCAGGUUGACGUGCUGAGCUUGCCCGGGAAGCAGCUGUACGAUGCGUACCAACAGGGUAACUACGAUGCCUGCACCGUGGGAACAGUUUCCGGGAUAGCAUUCUCCGUCUACGGUGGUUGCAUAUACGGGCUCGACAGCAUUCGCUGCCAGAAUUGUGUACGGGACGCGACCCUCGUCAUAUAUCAGUACUGUCGUGACAGCGUCGCAGCUCAGGCCGUGUCGGAUUCCUGUUGCGUUCGUUACGACAGGGACUACACGAUUUGUUAAUAAUCGAAACGUCCGAAAUAACGUACGUGUAUGGUUUGUAAGGAAGUUUACUCUUGUCACAUUUCUCUCCGAUAGCAAGUCCUUUCGACUCUGAUUUAGCAGUUUUCAACCAUUAUGAUGUUAGAUCAAACAAACGCAUACAAUUUUGUAUGUGUUGAUGACAUAACAUACAAGUCUUGUAUUUUGGGAAUUUAAAAUGAGGAAGGCAGGAGUACGUGGUUCGAAACAAAUAAUUUGAUGACAUCAUCCCACUACAGAGGAAGAAGUCUUCUAUAUUCUAUUCGACGAUGCCGUCAAGUCCGUCUUCUCGACUUGAUGAACGGAUUAAUGAUUGAUGGACGGGCACAUAUCAUGAUACUAUCAUUAAACGUAGUAGUAUGAUGUGCAAUAAGUCUUACCAUAAUGG